UAUAACAUUCUUUACAUAUUGUAAUUUGAACAUAUUGAAUUAUUGAAAGUGCUUUUCAUAAAGAACAUUCUGUUUUAUUAUUAAUAUUUCAAGGAAAGUACAAUUUUCUCGAUAAAAGUUUAUUAAGGCACUCGGCUUAUUACUUUCUUUAGAAAAUGAUUCUUCUUGUAUUACAAUAUAAUAUUUUAAUUGAAUCAUCUAAUUCUUUACAGAGCGGAAUAUUAUAUAGCAAUAUAUUUAUGGCUCUUGAUAAUCGUUUAGAUCGUUUAGGAAGCCGCGAAUGACCUCUUUCGUAAAUUUCGCAGAGAGACGUUGCUGGUUGCUUUUCAAAAUAAAUCUCUUUCACGAAAUCUUGCUUUAAGAGCUUGCCAACAUUCUUCCGUUUGUCAAUCUAUUUAUAUCUGCGUUCGGAUAAAAUUCAUAGAUUCUGUGGAAAAUAGCAGACGGGACAAAAAGAGGACAAAGUGACACCAGUCGCCAAUACGUUCGACGAGUUUAUAUAGUGCGAAUGUUGAAUGAUCUGUCAUAAACACUCCAAGACCCUUGAUUUUCAUAAAUUGCAUGCAUAUCGCAGAUUAUCGUCACGUCGAUUAUCAUCACGUUGUAUCAUCAGCGAUCGCAAUCGUGUUUUCUUGUAAAACAUUGAAUCGUGAAGUGUUCCCCGGGGAAAUCGAAUACAGCCGGAGGAAUAAUGCUUACCUCGGGUGUUCGUUCCUCGAGUAUGUCGAGCUCCUCCCCGUGACACCCUCUCGACGUGGAUCCCGGACGAUUAAGGGUGGAUCGAUCGGGAAGAAUUAUCGAAACAUUCGAAACGUAUAGAACCACACCAAAGACACACACAUUUCGCUUAAGUGCUUCACUCGCACUUCACGGAGACUUGAGACACCCACACUGCACGAUCGGCCGCAAACAUGUCGAACUCACCGCGAAUGCGAAAAAUGCCGCCCAGGCCACCGAAGAUUAUACUUCCGGUUCCCGGGCAAUACUAUUCGCAGCCGCCGACCGGUAUGGGCUACGUGCCGACGCCGUAUGGGCAAACACCGGUGCCGAUGACGCCGGUUUCCGGCCAGCCGCAGAUGAUCUAUGCCAACCGGGCGAGCGAGUUCGUCUUUACGCAAUUUAAAGGGAUCAAGGAUCUGACCAAGUCUGGCCUCAGCGUAGGGGAGAAGAGCGCCUAUUGGCUAUACGAGAAGGUCAGUUCCUGGAGCAAAAGAUGGUUUACACAUAUUUUUUUAUUCGCUAUCAUACUUCUGUACAGCAUCGCUGGGGCGAUGAUUUUCAUAGCAGUUGAGGGCCCACACGAGAAAAGUAGUGAUCUAAACAUGCGGCAGAGGAGGAAUCAAACGCUCAACACGAUUCGCGAAUUUUGCGAUGAUUCGGUUGGCAUCAAAUAUGGAUCUUUGGAGAGGACGAGCGAUAAAUGAAUUGACAGAAUAUGAAAAAGACAUGUUUCAAUUUUUUAAUCAAGGAUUGGUGGACAACAGCAAAAAA